AGAUCAAUCAGCAAGAAUAAUUAGUUCCCUGUAUAUGUCACAGAACAGUCCGAAAGAUAAAGAGACUCUCUAAAUAUGUUAGUUAACAGAACAAUCCGAAAGAUGACUGGUUGUCUAUAAAUGUUAGCUUCAUUAUCAAUAUAGUGAUAACGGAACAAUCCGUAAGAUGAAAGUUUUUCUGCAUAUGCAAGCGGUAGUUGUAAUACAGUGAUAACAGAAUAAUCCGAAAGAUAAACAAGCGUAUGUUAGCUAUAGUUUUGUGUGAAAUUCUAAUAUGCUUUUCUCUGUUAAAACAGUCUUACGAUAAAAUGACGUGACGUUAACGUUUUUGUUGCGGCAAAGAAAGAGCGCUCCUAUAUUUUAUCUAAUCCGUGUUUUAACACUAUUUAUACACUCGAGCGGUAAUACGUCGCACAAAUAAUUUCACGAGGGCUGCGCCCUCGUGAAAUUAUUACGCCCAACGUUUAACCGCCCAUCAUGCAUAAAAUAGUGUUAAAGCACUCUUUGCUAUAAAUUAUUUCUUAAAUUUUGAGGGCAUUUUAUGUUGUUUUUAUUAUCGCUGUUGUUCAGAGCCUGAUACGUAUUUAGAUUCUGCGUUUCAUCGAAUAAAAAGUUGAAUAUUAAUUUUCAGACGGUGUCGAACAUUUCGCGUAAAUGGAAACAAACUCACAGGAUAAAAACAUGUUUAAAUAAGUAAAAAUCAAAUUUGACAGUUUUAUCUAAAUGAAUUGUAACGACAUGUCUGUUUACAAGAACGACGACGGAAAAUAAAGAAAAUGUAGCGUUUGGUAGCGCGCUACGAAUGUAUACAUUGAUAGUUAAAUUCUUAAUAAAGUUGAAGUAUGUUUUAAGUUUUCCAUGUGUGUGUAAAGGACGAUUCUUCUGAAUCAAAUAGCAAAAUAAAAUGUAACAAUACGGGAGUACGAUAGAGUUAUGACUCCUGGCAAGAAAUGAACCAAAAUUCGAGAAAUAUUUAAAUAUCGCAGUAGAUUAUAUGACUACAGAUGAUUUUUAUGGUUUCUUUCUAAUGAAUACGACAUAAGCUACAUCUGAAGUAAAAAAGUUGUACGUUGAGAAAAAAAAAGUUUUUUUUACAUAACAACUUCCUUGAAAAACAGAAAUUAAAGAAAUUAUCUUUUUCGUAAAAACAAAUGGAAUUUGAAGUAAAAUAUAAUUAUUCGUGUCAAUUAAGUAAUAUUCUAUGUACUGAAGAGAAAAUGUAAGAACAAUGAAUCAGUUUGUUAAGAAACAUAUUCAUAGUUUACUUCAGAUCUUUGUUCUCAUAUUUUAGAAUCAAUUUUAAAUUGGUCAUGCACUUACCCUGUCCAUAACAUAAAAACGAGCAUGGUGGCACAAACUUGAUUGCUGAAAAUGAUAGAGUAUAUAUUGAGGUAGAUAUAUAUGUAUAUUAAAAAAUCUGUCCAUAGAAAAAAUGUUGUAGGAGGUGUCCUUAAAGCAGCUAAAGGUCUAUAUUAGUAAUUUCCCUGUCGCAUUACUGUCAAAUGAUACGAAAUGUUAUUAAUUAAUACUUUUACCAUUAACAACUAGCAUGGUUUACAGGAGAUGACGUCUACAUAUAUUAAACAGCUUUGGAUGUGUCAUAGAAAUACAAGGCGUAAAACAAAUGAUUUAUUCAUGAGCUUAAAGUCACGUGACAAAAUAACAUUAAGCCUCAUACUAAUAUUUGAGCUUGAGGCAGAUCGAAUCACACAAGAACUUUAGACAUUGGAAAUAAUUAUUAUUUUAGGUCAUAUCGUUACAUUUGUGGUGGAAUAAAUAAGUAUGAAGUGUACUGUUUUGAUUCUGUGUUUGUUGACUUUCGCUGCAGUCUGGAACUUCAUUUCCUCUGUUGAUAUUAGAUUUAGAAAAUACGAGUUUGAUUCCGACAUAUCAGGAUACAGGUGCAUACCAAAUGAAACCGUCUUUGAAGUUGAAAACAUACCUGAUCCUCCUCAAUGCGGCAGGCUAUGUCACCUGAAUAACAUGUGUCUCAGCUUUUCCUACCAACCGGAUUCUUACAAGUGCAUUGGAUGUCGUUUAAAUCUUGGGAUAAGAGCCAACAGUUACGAGUCGUAUCCUGGUUCCCUUUAUUUUCACACAAAGACAUUUUCAGAAACCAGCUGCAAAGAAAUUUCAGAGAGUUAUCCCUCUACGCCAAGUGGUCUGUAUAAGAUAAGGUUAUCGGAGUCAAAGAAGACACCAACAGUCUACUGUGACAUGGACACAGACGGCGGAGGCUGGACAGUGCUUCAGAACAGGUAUAACGGUACAGUAGACUUUUAUCGAAAUUUCUCGGAAUAUGAAAACGGCUUUGGUGCGUUAAAUGGUGAAUUUUGGUUAGGUCUCAAGAUUGUGCAGGAAAUGACAUAUCAAGGUACAACUGAGUUCAGGCUGGAUGUCACAACGGUUGACCACGUGACUUUUACCGAAACCUACCAGAACUUUUAUCUCGGCAAAGGCCCACACUAUACCCUUCACCUUGGUAAACCAGAAUGUUUACGACUCCUGUAA